AACGUUCCGGAGCAGCGCCCGGAAGCCGCGGAGAUGCAGGCGCGGCACAGCUACCUGUGGCAUCUCCUCAUUGACCUGCCCAUCCUUAUAUUAGUUGCGGCAAUCUGUAUACUGUUGGAGGUGGGGGCGCUGCCGAGCAGACGCGGCGGGUUCACAUGCAACGACCCGGCACUCUCCUACCCGCACACCGGGGAUACCUUUUCCAUAUCCUUUGUUGCUGCUGUCACCGUCAUCGUUCCUUUCCUUGUUAUGUGGGGAGUGGAGACGAUACUCCAUCAAGAUGACGAGUACACGAUGAAGAAAAACAAACUGAUUUCAAGCGCAAAGACUGCGUCUCUCAUGUACAGGGACUACAUCUACGGCUCAGUGGUCAACCUGACUGUACUGGAGGUUGUCAAGUGCGUGGUUGGCUCGCCCAGACCGACCUUUUUUGAUUUAUGUCAGCCAGAUAAAGCUAGGACAUGCAACAAUUCGGAGUAUGUCAGCAGCUACACAUGCACCUCUACCAAGUACUCGAGAUAUCUUCAGAUCGAUUCCAGUCGGAGCUUCCCGUCUGCUCACGCGUCUCUUUCUAUCUACUGCGGAUUCUUUAUAGCUUGGUACUUGCAACGGAGAGCCUUCAGCUGGCGAAGCAGGUCAGUACUGGCGGUGCCGCUGCUGCAGACACUGGCGGUCCUAUACGCGGUGGUGUGCGCACUGUCCCGCCUCACCGACAGACGUCAUCACUGGUGGGACGUCCUCGCCGGAGCUGUGAUGGGCUUUCUUACUCUUCUCUACACGGUGCUAGUUCUGUGCAAGAACUUUUCGCAACCGUCAGUGGUGAGCACGAGUGAUAUAAGCAGCAGCGACGGGAACAACCACCAGUCGGUGCGGCGACUGCUGGCCAGCGAGCCACGGGUAGUGGUGCCCUAGCCCGAGCCGGUCUAGACCACGCGGUCUGAAUUGACGACACAGCUAUUGACAGUCCAUAAAGUGAUAGCUCGUGGUGCAUAGGCUCCGACAUUUAAGUUCGGAAAAGUUCGUAGAAUGGUAGUGAUCGUGGCCCGUUACCCGAGCUAGUCUAGACAGAGGUCUGAAAUGGAUAAACUAGUAGUGAAGUUCGUAGUGUCCUUGACCCAGCCAGUGUUAGUGAUGUUUGGUAGCUAAAUACGAACCCGAAUCAAAGUAGUGACAUUAAGAUAAAAGGUGUUAAGAGACAAAAGUGGACGCGUAAGAAGACAAAGCCCCGACGAUAUUUAAGUAGAAAAUAGACUAUUAGUUUUUAGAGACAAUAUUUAAUUUUUAUUUUAUUUAAAGUUGAAAAGAAAAAUGUAAAGAACUAGUGCGAAGACAUGUUUGACAAUUAGGAUUAGAUGGUAGUGAUUAAAAGUGUUUAGAAUUAAAUUAUGCGUGUAUUAAGUCAAGAGAAUUUGGUCCUAUUUUUAAAAAUAAUAUCAGCUAAUAAUUAUGUACUUUUAUUUACUGCAUAGAUGUAAAUGCAUACCACAAAUUAUAAGCUUUGUCAGGAAAUCUACUUACAAGUAAUUACGAAAUUUUAUGUAAGAAUUCCAACAAAA